AGAGACUCAUGGGUGGAAUAGCAGGCUUCAUUACAUAAGCUUUGUGUUGUAAGCACACACUCAUGUCAGCAAGCAGAGAAGGCAACGAUGACUCUAGGUGUGCUUCUGGGGCUUGUUCUCUCCUGUCUGUUUCUCCUUUCACUAUGGAGGCAGAGCUCUGAGAGAAGAAAGCUUCCUCCUGGCCCCACUCCUCUCCCGAUCAUCGGAAAUAUUCUUCAGGUAGACCUUAAGGACAUUAGCAAAUCAUUGAAGAAUUUAUCAAAAGUCUAUGGUCCUGUGUUCACUCUGUACUUGGGCAGAAAGCCUGCUGUGGUAUUGUAUGGAUAUGAAGCUGUGAAAGAAGCCUUGAUUGAUAAUGGUGAGGAGUUUGCUGGAAGAGGAAGCAUUCCAGUGUUUGAUAAGAUUAAUAAAGGUCUUGGCAUUGUUUUCAGUAAUGGGAGGAAUUGGAAAGCGAUGAGGCGCUUCUCACUCAUGGCUCUAAGGAACUUUGGAAUGGGGAAGAGGAGCAUUGAGGACCGUGUUCAAGAGGAAGCUCGCUGUCUUGUGGAGGAAUUAAGGAAAACCAAUGGCUCACCCUGUGACCCCACCUUCAUCCUGGGCUGUGCUCCCUGCAAUGUCAUCUGCUCCAUUGUUUUCCAGAAUCGUUUUGAUUAUAAAGACAAGGAUUUUCUUAACUUAAUGAACAACUUAAAUAAAAAUGUAGAGAUUCUGAGUACUCCUUGGAUUCAGAUUUGCAAUAAUUUUCCUGCUAUAAUUGACUAUCUACCAGGAAGACACAGAGAGUUACUUGAAAAUUUUACUUUUUUAAAACAUUAUUUUUUGGCAAAAAUGAUAGAGCACCAAGAAUCACUGGACAUUAACAAUCCUCGGGACUUUAUUGAUUGUUUUCUGAUCAAAAUGGAGCAGGAAAAGAACAAUCCAAAGACAGAGUUUACCUGUGAAAACUUGAUCUUCUCAGCAGGUGACCUGUUUGCUGCUGGGACUGAGACAACAAGUACAACACUGAGGUACUCUCUGCUGCUCCUGCUCAAGUACCCAGAAGUCACAGCCAAAGUCCAGAAAGAGAUUGACCAUGUGAUUGGUAGACACAGAAGCCCCAGCAUGCAGGACAGGAGUCACAUGCCUUACACUGAUGCUGUGUUGCAUGAGAUUCAGAGAUACAUUGAUCUCCUUCCUACCAGUCUGCCCCAUGCAGUGACCUGUGACAUUAAGUUCAGAAACUAUCUCAUUCCCAAGGGAACCACUGUUAUCGCAUCAGUGACAUCUGUGCUACAUGAUGACAAAGAAUUCCCCAACCCAGAGAGAUUUGAUCCUGAUCACUUUUUAGAUGAGAAUGGCAAGUUUAAGAAAAGUGACUACUUCGUUCCUUUCUCAACAGGAAAACGGAUUUGUGUGGGAGAAGGUCUGGCCCGAAUGGAGUUAUUUUUAUUCCUGACCACCAUUUUACAGAACUUUAAUCUGAAAUCUCCAGUUGACCUGAAAGACCUUGAUACCAAUCCAGUCAACAAUGGAUUUGUUUCUGUGCCAUCCGAGUUUCAGAUCUGCUUCACUCCCAUCUGAAUGUAUUUUCCCCUAGAGGCCCUUCUUCCUGGGCACAGUUGACCACUUCUGUCAGUCAUAGCUCUCUGAACUCCCACCUCACACUUCCUCAGCUCUUCAAGGUCCAGGGAAUGUCCAUCUACUUGUGGCAAUUUUCAGGGUUGUGGACAAACACAUUAACAAUUUCCUAUGCUGUGUAAUGAUUUAUUGAAUUCAGAAAUGCUAAUUAUUAUCUAGUGCUGAAUUAGUAAAUAUCAUUACUGUAAAACUGAGAAAUGUGACAGUUGAACAUCACCUAGCCCUGUGUGUUUUAAAUAAAAGCAUUAUAAUUCUG